GUUUGUGGGAACUGGACACGGGAUGCUGUGGAUUGCUGCAUUGUUCGAAGUUCUGAUGUCAACGCACGCUUUGAACAAGUUCAGGGGUGGCCGAGGCUGAACUUCGAAGGGGAGGCCACAAGGGAGGCUCUCAUUGUCGGCUAGCUAGGGAGGUGGUCAAAGGUGCCGAUGCCUGGCGUACUGACGGUGCCAGAAUUUGCUGCUGGCUAUUCUCUUGCAAUGGAGAGGUUGAGCAGCUCAGCCGCGGCCAGCGUCUCGGGCAGAGCAUCCGGUUUCUUAGAGCAGUCGUUCUGCCACUCUAGGGAAGGGCGCGUACGUAGGAGACACGAUGCUCAUUUAUAUUGUGAGAGGGGUCUCCCUGCAAAGGCCUUGUCAAACUUUCCAUGGCUCAUCAGUGCGAAUCAGUCCCGUCCAGCAUUCUUAAACCCAUUACCACAUACUUUGAACGCAACUCGACCACCACUUCCAUCGGAAGGGUCCUCCAGGCAAGUGGCCACAUUUGCCACUCAAGGAUCCACUGCCACACCAGAGUCACCUCCAAGCAAAGCUGCGACCUCCCCAACAUCAACGGAAACUCCGUCCAGCGCAGCUCCUGAGCAGCCAAACAAAGAGGCCAGCACCUGGGAGGAGCCUCUUGUGUAUAAAGUUGGUGUGGACCAACAGACUGAAAGCAGUGGGGCUAGCAGCUUUUCAAUCAAGAAGCCAGAGAGGGACUUUGAAAGGGAGUGGCGACAUAGUCAAGCAAUCGAUUUAAAUGAGCCCGAGAGGGAUGCAGGUUUCAUGACGAGGACAGUCAGGCUCGUGCAGUGGUACCCUGGUCACAUUGCUAAGGCUGAGCGCCAACUCAAGGAGCAGCUUAAGCUGGUGGACGUUGUCCUGGAAGUGAGGGACGCCAGGAUACCCAUGGCCACCGCACACCCUGAGAUUGGCGAGUGGAUAGGCGAUCGGCGGCGCUUGCUGGUUAUGAAUAGGGAGGACCAGAUUUCCAACCGCGAGAGAACCGCCUGGAGGCAGUACUUCAGGGCGCAGGGGCAGACCGUGAUCUGGACAAACGGACAAGCGGGAGAUGGGAUCUUGAAGUUGACCCAGGAGGCGACACGUGUCAGCGGUGACAUUAACGGCAAGCGGGAAGCCAAGGGUCUGCUCCCGCGGCCGGUGCGGUGCGCCGUGAUCGGGUACCCCAACGUCGGCAAGUCGGCCAUCAUCAACCGCCUGCUCAAGCGGCGGGUCGCCAACAGCGCGCCGCGCCCGGGAGUCACCCGCGAGCUUGUUUGGCUACGGAUUGGGGCGAACUUGGACCUGCUCGACUCCCCGGGGGUCCUCCCCGCCCGGCUCCAAGACCAGGCGGCAGCGGCGCGCCUCGCGAUCUGCAACGACAUCGGGCAGGCGGCAUAUGCCGUCGCGGGGGUGGCCGUCAUCCUGAUCGAAUACGUGAAGCGAUCCGCGCCUAAAUGUAUACAUGACUUUGAGGAGCGAUAUAAGUUACCGGGGCUCCGGAGCCUACCCGCAGAAACGUACCUAGAAAACAUCGCCCAGAAGCUCUUCAACGGUGAUGUAGACGUUGCGGCACAUCGAGUGCUGAAAGAUUACAGGGGUGGCAAGCUAGGGAACUUCGCACUGGAGAAACCUCCGCGAAGUUACUGAUAUGCCGGAGCUUAUCAGCAGGCCGGGCUGGUCCCAGGCCCCCUAUAAAUAUGAAGAAUCCAAUGAUGUGAUUCGUUCUGCGGUCACAAUCAUCUGUGUGUGGAUGUUAAACGAGCUCCAGAGUUGCGAGUAAAGUAUGCUGCACCCGGGCGCGGCAUUCACUUUUUGGACCAGACGGGACGGCGUGACUUCUUUGAUAGUGCUUGCUUGCGUCCAUACAAAAGUGGU